GCUACAGAGUUUGUCCCUGUGGCCGCCAUUAAAGGAUACAGACCCAUGUAGCUAUUCAAACAGAAAAAAACAGCAAGACAUUGAUGAGAAAGCGGACAAUGUUUCGCGUUUUAAACGAUUUUGCAUUUUGGCUUUUAAUUCAUAUUUAAUGGGCAUUUUCUAAUGUGAACACCUUCUUGUGAAGACCGAGAAAAUAUUAGGGAUUUUUUUUGUAACUGAACACUUUUUUUUUUUUUUUUUUUACUGGACUUGACUGGCUGGGCUGCCAAACGGUUAGCCAGCUAGCUAACGUUAGCUAGCUUGUUAGCUAACGCUAGUGGGUUGGCUAGCUAGCCGUCCAGAUACUCUGAUGCUAAGUGAGGGGGGAGGGGGAAUUACCUCGAACAAUUUUAUUUACGUUGUUUUUAUCGGGUGUUUUUUUUUAACAAAUAGAAAACGGAACGGUAUUUCGCAGAACCGGGUACUCUUUUAGAGCCGCUUAUAUUUGUUUUCCACCGCGGCUAAGUAACUAAAGCGAAUGUUGCUGAGUUCAACAAGAGACUGGAGGAUUUGAAUAGUUAGCUCGCUAGCAGCUAAACUUGCCCGAGACGCGUCUUGACGGCUGAUUUGUUUGCGGAGCUGCUCUGCUGGAGUUUAUACUCAGCCAGCCACAAAACACACGAACACACUAAAAAAAUCUGUUCCUUUGCUGUGAAAUGAUGGCGAGAUUGGCUUCACCGUGAAGAUGAGUUCUUGUUUUGUACCCAACGGGGCGAGCCUGGAGGACUGCCACUCCAACCUAUUUUGUCUGGCUGACCUCACAGGCAUCAAAUGGAAGUGCUUUGUAUGGCAAGGCCCCACAUCUUCACCCAUCGUCUUCCCUGUGACUGAGGAAGACCCCAUCCUGUGCAGCUUCAGCCGGUGCCUAAAGGCGGACGUGUUGAGCGUGUGGCGGCGGCACCAGACGCCCGGACGCCGAGAGCUCUGGCUCUUCUGGUGGGGCGACGAUCCCAACUUUGCCGAGCUCAUCCACCACGAGCUUUCGAGUAAUGAAGACGGUGUGUGGGAAAGCGGUUUGACGUACGAGUGCCGCACACUGCUCUUCAAAGCCAUCCACAACCUGCUGGAGCGCUGCCUCAUGAACCGCUGCUUUGUGCGCAUCGGCAAGUGGUUUGUCAAACCCUACGAGAAAGAUGAGAAGCCCAUCAACAAGAGCGAGCAUCUUUCCUGUUCCUUCACCUUCUUCUUGCAUGGAGACAACAACGUCUGUACCAGCGUGGAGAUCAACCAGCAUCAGCCUGUCUACUUGCUGAGCGAGGAACACCUGACUCAGGCCCAGCACAGCAGCAGCCCAGUGCAAGUCAUUCUCAGUCCAUAUGGUCUGAACGGGACACUUACGGGCCAGUCCUUUAAGCUUUCUGAUCCGCCGACACAAAAGUUAAUAGAAGAGUGGAAGCAGUUUUAUCCCAUUGGCCCCAACACCAAGGAGACCCCAGAAGACAAGUUGGACGACUUGGACUGGGAAGAUGAUUCGUUGGCUGCUGUGGAGGUUCUUGUCGCUGGAGUCAGGAUGGUGUACCCGGCGUGCUUGGUGCUUGUAGCCCAGUCGGAUAUUCCGGCCCCGGCCGCAGCGAGCUCCUCCGGCGCUAUGAUUACCCCGGGAGGACAUCAUAGUCACGGCGCACACCGAGAAUCUGCACUCUCCUCAGUUACGCUCACUCCUCCAACUUCACCAGAGGAGGCUCAAAAAGUUUCUCAGCCUGCUCCGAGGUGGACAAAGAUUUCCUCAGCAGCUGAUGGCUUCAGCUUGGACAGUACUAGUCAUCAUGGGGGUAAAGUUCCUCGCAAGUUGGCCAGUCAUUUGUUGGAGGCAGUGUGGCAGGAAUGCAAUGUCAACCGUGCUCAGAACAAGAGAAAGUUCUCAGCUAUAGCCAGUGGUGUAUGUGAGGAGGAGAUGGACAAAGCUGGUGUUUGGGAUUUUGUUGAACGCUAUCAAAGGAUGCAGUGCAAUUGCUCAAGACAUAAGAACCUGAAGCAACGUACGAGUAACACUCCUGGACUUCCCCUCCCUGCUGGCCAGCCCUCUCAACUCCCCUCCAAAUACAAAGUGGCAGAGAAACCAGAGAAAGCAGAGAAGCAGCAGAAGAGGCCUCAAACGCCCUUCCACCACCGCAGCUCUGUGGGUGAGGACUUGAGCCUGGAGCCAGACGAAAGAAGCAGCCAUUAUCGUGCCCUUCACCAUGGGGAUGUUGAGACAAGCAAAACUCAAACCCUGCACACAUCAUCCAGAGACAUGGUUGGCUCACCUCAGCCUCCACCGCUCAGCCCACAUCCCUGUGAACGAGAGGAAGACACACCAGCAGAGCUGAAACGCUCUUCCACCCCACUUCAUCAACAGUUCUACCCUCCCUCUUCUUCUGAGGCCUGCCUUCUACCUUCGAAAAGCCCAGAUCGCGCUUCCUUUGACCCUUUGACCUCGGAGUAUACUACAGCUUACCCAGACUCUCUGGAACCCACAGUGUAUGUUGGCUCAGCCAUCAGCCCCAACGAGGACACGAGCCACAACCCUUGGAGGUACUUCAGACUCCCUGGCAAAAGAAAUAUGGACCUUCAUCCUCCUCAGCUUCCUCUGGACAGACUGAAGCAGGACAGCCUGGACAGCGCUGUUUCUGUCACAGAGAUGAUGGCUUCCUCUGCGACUCUGAAGGUGUCAGAGGAGCGGGUGAAGAUGUACAUUCAGAAGAAGAACCAGUAUCUCUCGGUAUCUGGGUGCGAUGGAGAGCAGGAGCAGGAUAAAGAUCCCUACGCUUUUGUGGAGGGAGAUGAGGAGUUCUCUUUCACUGAUAAGGAGAAGAGGCCUGGAGCAGAACCUGCAAAGAGAAACAAGAGGGACGAUGGUAGCACGUCUUCAACCGAUGACACUCACGGCUCAGCCUGCAGUAAGCCUCUCCCCUCCACCAGCCUAAUACAUGAGACCGACCUGGCUGUGUCAAUAAAUGAUCUGGAUAAUCUCUUCAACUCGGAUGAAGAUGAGCUUACGCCUGGAGCCAGGAAAACUGGGAGUGGAGCAGAGGAGAAAUUUGGUGGCAAGGAGCCCAAACCAGCAGCAGCAGACACUCUGUCAUGUUUAAGUGCUGCAGAUCUACACCAGAUGUUUCCAACACCUCCGUCUCUCGAGCAACACAUCAUGGGCUUCUCCCCCAUGAACAUGGGUAGUAAGGACUGUGGUUCUGUGGAAACUGGGGCAGGAUUCACUCUGGCAGAUGGGCCAUUGCUCAUUGGAACUUUUAAAAUGGAGGUGGAGGAAGGCCUCUGCAGCCCCAAGCCCUCAGAGAUCAAGGAUUUCUCAUUUGUAUUUAAGCCAGAUCCUAGUCAGGUUUUCGUGGGCAGCUCUCUGUACGCUCCCUUAAAGACACUUCCUAGUCAAUGCCUGAUUUCCCUCAAGCUGCCGGAGGAGUGUGUCUACCGGCCCAGCUGGACUGUCGGCAAACUGGAGAUGCUGCAGCCAGUGCCUGCCAUGUCUUUCCUUGGCAAGGACAGUAACAUUCCUAGUGUAGGCAGUGCCAUGGAGCUGCAAGACUACACACAAACAUACACCCCUCAGACCCACACCCCUAUCCAGUCCAGCAGCGCCCCGCCUAGCAACAGCGGUGCAGGUAUCCUACCAUCACCAGCCACGCCGCGCUUUUCAGCACCCACACCGAGGACACCACGUACCCCCCGCACCCCGCGUGGCCCUGCUAGCGCCCAGGGCUCGAUGAAAUACGACAACUCUGACCUGUAUUCUCCCGCCUCCACCCCAUCCACCCUCAGGCCUCUCAGCUCGGUGGAACCAGCUACAGCGCCAUCGGUGCCUGAGGCCCACAGCCUCUAUGUCACGCUCAUCCUCUCCGACUCAACCAUGAACUUGUUUAAAGACUGUAAUUUUGACAGUUGCUGUGUGUGCGUGUGCAACAUGAACAUCAAGGGUGCUGACGCAGGUGUUUACAUUAGUGACACAGGCCUGGAUUCGCAAUACUCCACCACAGAAACUUGCUCCUGUGGCUUCAGUGCCGUCGUCAACCGACGCUACGCAAAUGGCGCUGGCCUCUUUCUUGAGGAUGAGCUAGACGUUGUGGGCAGGGGCACAGAUGCUGGCCGAGAAGCAGAAAAGCACCUGGAAGCACAGCGGCAUACUUCCUCAGUACACCUCCAAGACGAGCUCCUCCUUCUGUUGCAGGAGCAGUGCUCCAACCCCUUUCCCGCUCUGUGCAUGCCAGAGCCCAGGGUCGGCUUGGUACCAAGGCCGCCUCGGCGCCUGGAGGAGAGGGACUACUGCAGUGACUGCUACCUGGCACUGGAGCAUGGUCGUCAGUUCAUGGACAACAUGUCUGGAGGGAAAGUAGAUGAAACGUUGGUCAAGAACUCGUGUUUGCACUCCUGGGCCAAUCGUAAUGCCAUGGAUGUGAGCUUGCUGUUUUCUCAGGAUGUGCUAAGGAUGUUACUGUCUCUGCAGCCUGUGCUGCAGGACGCCAUCCAGAAGAAGCGAUCUGUGCGCUCCUGGGGUGUCCAGGGUCCCCUUACUUGGCAGCAGUUCCACAAGAUGGCUGGCAGGGGAUCUUAUGGUACGGAUGAAUCUCCUGAGCCGUUACCCAUACCGACGUUCCUAGUCGGUUAUGAGUAUGACUUUGUGGUUCUGUCACCUUUUGUCCUGCCCUAUUGGGAGAAGCUGCUACUGGACCCCUUUGGUUCUCAGAGAGAUGUCGGCUACGUGGUGGUGUGUCCUGACAACGAGACUCUGCUGACUGGUGCUAAAACUUUCUUCAGAGACUUGACUGCAGUCUAUGAGGCGUGUCGGCUUGGGCAGCACAAGCCCAUCUGCAAGGCCCACGCUGAUGGGAUAGUAACAGUGAGUACUGCUGGCUUGAGACCUCAGGCAGAGCAACCGCUCAGUGACUGGUUCUUCAAAAUGUGCAACACCAUCAACAACGACUCCAUAACAAAACUUAAACUCUACGCACAAGUGUGCCGGCAUGACUUGGCUCCAUACCUGGCAGCCCAGUCUUUAGACAGCUCCUUGCUCUCUCAGCGGAACCCUUCGUCGUCCUCCUCCUCCACCUCAACAGUUUCACAACCUGCCAGCUCCAGCAGCACCUCCACAGGCCCUCAGAACACCUCCACUGUCACCAGCACCUCCACAGCCAGCACUAACAGCAGCACUGCAGCACCCACCUCUGCCACCUCCUCAAACUCUCAGGGUUUGGGAGGCUUAGGAUCUAAUAAGCCUAGUUCUCUCCCUCCCUUUGGCGCGCAAGGAAUUCAGCAUGCUGGAGCCCAGAACACAGGCACUAUAGGGGAUGGCCCAUCAGCCAUGAGCCAGCCGCAGGCUCCUCCUGAGCCCCCUGAGAGGUACACUGUUCUCCUAAAACAUUGCUGCUUAAGAGGUAUAUCAAUCCCAGAGCCUCCAGUUGAUAUGAGCAUUGCCUUAUUUUUUCACAGCACUAUGGAGAGGGACAAAGUGGGAGUGCCAACAGAUGGAGACUCCCAUGCUGUCAGCUACCCUCCUGCUAUAGUGGUCUACAUAGUGGACCCGUUUAGCUAUGAGGAGACGAGCAGAGGCUGCAACUCUAGCAUGUGGAGUCUGGGACUCCUCUACUGCUAUAUGGAGAUGCUGCAGUUUUUGCCUCCUCAUAUACGGAAUGCCGUGUCUGUGCAAGUGGUUCCCUGCCAGUAUCUGCUGCAGCCGGUACGGAGUGAGGAGAGGCAUAUGUAUGCCCAGCAUUUGAAGUCCCUGGCUUUCUCUGUGUACACACAGUGCAGGAGGCCUCUCCCAAACUCCACAAAUGUCAAAACACUAACAGGUUUUGGCCCUGGACUUGCCAUAGACACUGCGUUACAGAGCUCCGAGAGGGCAGAGUUUGUGCGUCUCUACACACCACCGUUCGUCCUGGCUCCAGUGAAGGACAAGCAGACAGAGUUGGGUGAGACCUUUGGCGAGGCAGCUCAAAAACACAACGUCCUCUUUGUGGCCUACUGUUUAUCUCAUGACCAACGCUGGCUGCUGGCCAGUUGCACCGACCAGUACGGAGAGCUGCUGGAGACUUGCAUCAUCAGCAUAGACGUGCCCAACCGAGCCCGGAGGAAAAAGGGCUCGGCCCGUCGACUUGGCCUUCAGAAGCUCUGGGAGUGGUGUGUGAGCCUGGUGCAGGUGACCUCACUGCCUUGGCGAGUCGUGAUUGGUCGGCUUGGUAGAAUGGGUCACGGGGAGUUGCAAGAUUGGAGCAUCCUGCUAAGCAGGCGUAACCUGCAGUCUCUGAGUCGCCGCUUGAAGGAAAUGUGCAGGAUGUGUGGCAUCUCAUCAGCAGACAGUCCCAGCAUUCUUAGUGCCUGCUUAGUUGCACUAGAGCCUCAGGCAACAUUUGUCAUUAUGCCAGACUCUGUGUCUACUGGUUCCGUGUUUGGUCGUAGCACUGCUCUGAACAUGCAGACAUCACAGCUGAACACACCUCAGGACACCUCUUGCACCCACAUAUUGGUGUUCCCCACCUCUGCUGUAGUCCAGGUCAUUGACACGCCUUUCAAUCCCAUUCACGAUGCAUCAGACGCCAUGGGCGGUAUGGAUGUGAUCCUGGACUUGCUUGUGUCCGAGAACGACGUAGACCCUGACCUCAUUAAUAUAUUACCCAAUUCUCCAACCACCUCCCCAGUGCACUCGCCUGGCUCACACUACCACCACGGAGGAGACGGCAGCAAGGGCCAGAGUACAGACCGCAUGGAGUCUCACGAUGAAACUCCCAACAUCCUGCAGCAGCCAAUGGCACUGGGUUACUUUGUGUCCACAGCCAAAGCAGGGCCGUUGCCCGAAUGGUUUUGGUCCUCCUGCCCUCAGGCCAAGAACCAGUGCCCCCUCUUCCUGAAGGCGUCUUUACACCUGCACGUUUCCUCAGUGCAGUCUGACGAGCUGCUGCACAGUAAACACUCCCACCCUCUCGACUCCAACCACACCUCAGAUGUGCUCAGGUUUGUCCUGGAGCAGUACAACGCCCUCUCCUGGCUAACCUGUGACCCUGCCACGCAAGACCGCCGCUCUUGUCUCCCUGUGCACUUUGUGGUGCUUAACCAGAUGUACAACUUCAUCAUGAACGUGCUAUAAAAUCAGCACUGCUACCGCAGACCGUAGCACACAUCACACAGUCGGUCUGGGCACUUGGGAAGUGCAGGGAUACAUUAGCAUUGCCAAGAGUCCAUCUCAAAAACAACUGGAGCUAAAGGGACUUAGUCUACUGAAAUGUUCUUUUUACUGACCUGAUAUUUUGGUCUGGGUAAGAUCUUUUGCAAAUGAAAUGCCUGCAUAUAUCUUAUUUAUUGUACGUUUUUAAAUGUGUAAUUUCUUAAUCUUUUUAUAUAUAUAUAUAUAUAUAUAUAUAUAUAUAUAUAUAUAUAUAUAUAUAUAUAUAUAUAUAUAUAUAUAUAUAUAUAACAUCUGAAGGUACACGUUGCCUUCCUAUCAAAUUAAAAAUGCUCUAAUAUGUAUGUAAUUGUCUUAAUUGCAAGGCAAGAACUGACAAGUGUAUUUGCAGUAGGUUGCAUUUAGAGAAGUAUUUUCUGAGAGUGGACAGACAAUUUUUAUUGCCAUGAUGUACAAAUGAAGUAUGCUGAAGCUUGUUCUUAGCCUUGUGUGGUGGAAACUGCAGGAUAGGCUGUAGUUGCAGAAUACCUGUACAGCGAUUUAAUGUGUUCAAAUAAGAGAACAAGAGAUACAUUGUCAAAUUAUAUAUUUUAUAUCAGAUUUAGAGAAUUGUGUGUGUAAAUAUCUAUAUAAAAUGUGUACAUACAAUCUUGUGCCGCUAUGAAUGGUGCAGCCAAUUUUAGGAAUAAAGUGCGUCAACAUGAAAA